AUGUCGGACCCCAUUUCUAUCACCGGUGCGGGAAAUGAGCUGGAUUUAACGCUGACUCCGUGCGCUGUCUGUAGCCAAACUUCCACCGAAAAUGAAGCGAUGGUAGGCUGCGACGGUUGCAACCGUUGGUUCCACUACCGAUGCGUCGGAGUGACCUCAGCGGUGAAAAAGGAGAAGAGGUGGUACUGCACUGAUGGUGUUUGUCAAGUGCUUGCUCAAGAGUACCUGAAGAACAAAAGGCCUCGGCCGAAGAAGACAUCGGAGUCGUCGGAAGCUUCCGUUUCGAAAUCAGGUACGCUCACUCUAGAGCAGAGAAGAAAGGCUUUGCAAGAAAAGCAAAGGCGUCUUGAGCAGGAGCUCGAAGAUGAGAUGUUGCUGAAAGAGGAAGAGAGCAACAUGGAGCGUGCGUUAGAGAAAAAGCGAAUGCUUUUCGAGGAGAAAAUGCGCCAAAAGGAGCUGCAGGAAAGGAGCAUCCUUUAUGCAGAAGCGUUGCGGAAGAAGCAGGAGCAUAUAAUGCGGAUGAAGUCCAACCAGAGCUCAUUUGAGAAGGCGAUGGCUGCUCUGGAUGAAGAGCUAAAAAAAGUCAAAGUUGAGAACGUUAAACCGCUAAAAGUUUCCAACGUCGAGCAGUUGGAAAAAGAUGCCGGUGAAAGCGAUACUGGUUUGGAAAGCGACGAAGAAGACCAACCUUGUUCGGUAAUUUCGGAGAUUCAAUCUGCGAAAAGCGUCGAACGUACUCGGAAACGAUCUGAGCAAGCAAACGAUGGAAGCCAAUACGGGCUGGGGCAACAUCGGACCGGGCCGACGAAAGCUCAGUUGGCAGCUAGAAAUGGGAUUACCAAAAAGCUUCCCUGCUUUUUCGGAAAACCAGAAGAGUGGCCACUGUUUUUCGGUACGUAUCAAGCCUCGAACGAAGCCUGCGGCUACACCGAUGUCGAGAACCUUGUGCGACUGCAGGAGAGCCUUAAGGGACCGGCCCUAGAGUGGGUGCGCGGCCAACUAAUUCUUCCGCAGACCGUUCCGAGGGUAAUUAUCAAGCUGCAACAGCUGUACGGUCGUCCGGAACAAUUGCUACAGAGCCACCUGGAGAAAGUCCGCAAACUGGAGUCGCCGAGAGCUGAUAAGCUUGCCAGCUUCAUCCCUUUCGGGAACGCUGUGGAGCAACUGUGCGAACAUCUGGAAACAGCAAAUCUCAAGCAGCACCUCGUAAAUCCGCUGCUUAUCCAGGAUCUCGUCGACAAGCUUCCUGACAGUGAAAAACGACAGUGGGUUCGCUUCAAGCGGUGCGCCGAUGAAGUAACAUUGAGGACAUUCACAGAGUUUCUGUCAGAAAUAGUGGCGGACGCUUGCGAAGCGAAUGUAAGCAUGGAGUACAAGCUCGCGACUAAACCUGCAAGCGGUGGCCAGUUCGGGAGAGAACACGCAAAAGGGAGAGGAGCAAUGUACUACCAUAGUGAAGAGGAGAACUUGGAUGAAACCGCGAACGUCGAGCGGACAAGCUUUCGGCCGUGCAAAGUGUGUCAGUGUACUGACCAUCGUCUGCGGCAUUGUGCAGAGUUUAAGAAAUUACGAUAUGUUGACCGGCUGAAGGUUGUGAAUCACUGGAAACUUUGCUGUGUUUGUCUGAAUGACCACAGCGGACGGUGCGGUUUCCAAAUACAGUGCAAUGUGGGAGAAUGCAGAGAACGACACAAUCCGUUGAUGCAUCCGGUGAAUACCGUGGUUGGUAUAAGUGCUCACAUCUGGAAUCAAACGAAAGUUAUGUUUCGAAUGAUUCCCGCUCAGUUGCACUUUGGAGGGCGAUCGAUUACGGUACUGGCGUUUUUGGACGAAGGAGCGUCCGUUACACUCAUCGAGAAAAGGAUGGCAGAUCGUCUUGGACUUGUGGGUGUCCCGGAGAAGCUGACCAUUAAGUGGACAGCAGAUAUCACGCGAGUGGAGAAGGAUUCCAGCCGGAUGAAUGUGUGGGCAUCGGCAGUCGGAAGUAAAGACAAGGUGCUGCUGCACACGGUUCGAACGGUAGAGAAGCUGAUGUUGCCGCAUCAAAAACUGGACUCCAAGGAGAUUGCAACCCAGUUCAAGCACAUGCGGGGAUUACCGAUCGCGUCGUACGAUGGACAACCCGGAAUACUUAUAGGGCUCAACAAUGUGCAUUCAUUUGUGCCGUUGGAAGCGAAGAUCGGUGCGACUGCAGAGCCAAUAGCGGUGAAGUGCAAACUUGGAUGGACUGUGUACGGCCCGAGACAGUCGAACACUGCCUUUGAUGGUGGGUAUAUGGGUUAUCACCACGAAGUAAGCAACGAGGCCCUGCAUGACCUGCUGAAAAGCCACUACGCUCUGGAGGAAUCGGUCGUGGCGGUCGCGCAGGAAUCGGCAGAGGAUAAACGAGCGCGAGAGAUAAUGGAGCGGACCACAAAAAGGGUGGGAAAUCGCUUCGAGACCGGACUACUGUGGAGGACAGAUGAUCCACGAUUUCCGGACAGCUUUCCGAUGGCCCUGCACAGGAUGAAGCAGCUGGAGAAAAAACUGGAGAGAAAUCCGGAGUUGCACAAGAACGUUUGUCGGCAGAUAGAAGAGUUUCAGCAGAAAGGAUAUGCACACCUGGCAACUGCAGAAGAAUUGAUCCGUACGGAAACAGAUAAGGUGUGGUACCUACCGUUGAAUGUGGUGACAAAUCCCAGAAAGCCUGGCAAAGUGCGCUUGGUAUGGGACGCCGCAGCUUCGGUGCAAGGAGUGUCACUCAACACGCAGCUACUGACGGGACCCGACUUGCUGAUUCCACUGGUGCAAGUGAUAGUAGGUUUCCGGGAGCGACGGAUUGCAUUCGGUGGCGAUCUUCGAGAAAUGUACCACCAGGUGAAGAUCGUCGAACGCGACAGACAGGCUCAACGCUUCGUGUUCCGGAAGAAUUUCGGGGAGAAGCCAAGCAUUUUUGAUCGACGUCAAGGCUACUUCGCGGUGGAUGGCACUGGUGAGAGUGACUUCAAGCGUGGUUCGCUUCAUUGCGAAUUGUCGGCGAAAAAAAAUGGGACAGCCGAUCGUGACGUCGAAAGCCACGGAGACUCAACAGCGGUCGAUUAA